CUGAGGUAGGCUUCCUUCCGGUUUCGCCUCCCACCGACACCCCUCCCCUGUCCCAUGCGCGUGACGCCUAGGAAACACGCCCGUUACCGGCGGAGAGCCAAUAGGAGCGCGCCGAGCUCUUUGGCGGAUUUGCAAACAUUUGGUCAGAAGCUCUGCUUGUCUUGGGUUGAUACAUGGUCUUGGAGCCACGUCAUUCACGUCUGAAUGUUCACCGCAGCCACAGAAUCAGAAGAGGAGGUCCCUUCAUUGUUAUGGGGACUGGAUCCUAUCUUUUCAGCUUUUGCAAGACUGUACAUUAAAGAUCUACAAGAAAUGAGAGAAUCAAAACAGGUUCCAGGUAUAUUCUUUUACAACAGGCAUCCAAUAAGGCAGGUGGAUAUUCUUGGAACUGUGGUUCUGAUCAAAGAACGAGAUGCCUUGUAUAUUUAUGGAGUGGAUGACGGCACAGGAGUUAUAAGCUGCACCUGCUGGAAAAACCCUUUGGCACAGCAGAAAUCUUUGUCAGAUUUUAGACCUCAUCCUAGUACCUCAAGUGGCUUGGAUCUAGUUGAACAAAUAAGAAAGCUCCAAGUAGCAAUUUGCCAAAAAACGAAACUGGAAAUUGGUGAUACUAUUAGAGUCCGUGGUUGCAUUCAGAUCUUCAGACAGCAGCGAGAAAUAAAGGCCUCCAUGUACUAUAAAGUUGAUGACCCUAUGUGUGAAGUUCUGAUUUCAAGGAUGCUGGAACUCCCCCGUCUGUACAGAGAGAUUUAUGAUCAGCCGUUCCAGUUGCAAGAAGAGGCACAAAGCCAAGGUGCAGCGUACAUGUUGGGCUCCAUCACUGAACUGAGCAAAAAAAUAAGAGACUUCCUAUUGAAGAACAAGAUCCAGAGUUUCUAUCAGCAGGAGCUGGAAACUGUGGAGGCUUUAGUAUCCCUGGUCAAGGAGGAUGGACCAAGAACUGCUGAGCAAACAGAUUCCAAACCUGGUCCCUGCUCCAAACUGAUUAGAGACUCUUUCACGGAAGCAAUAAAGGUGUUGCAAAAAGAGGGAGUUCUUUUCCAGAAAUCAAAAAAUCCCAAGGAUAUGUAUUUUGUGACUGAGCAAGAUAAAGAAUUGCACAAAGUGACCCUUGAAGUCCUCAGAGCUGAUUGUAAGAGGCCAAAAUAUGCUGAAAAGGGCUGCCAUCUCAAUUACAUCCUCAGUUGUAUUCAGCAGAGCUACAGCCCUUUUGUUUCCAAAGCUGUGAUCCAUUGCCUACUGGACUGGAUGGAGACCAACAGUGACGUGGUCACUACCAUGGAAGGAUACUAUACUGUCUUUUAAGACAAGAUGCUGUGGACUUCUAGAGCCAAACUCUGUACCGUGGGCAUGAGUAGUACAAAUACUUCAAUACCAAAAACUUGGCUGGAAUUCCUAGAAGAUGCUGUAUCAUAAAAUUCCUAUUCAUUUAGUUUCUCUCUAUGUUUCAGAAGUGCUCAGUCUGUCUCUAGUAUUCAAGAUACUAAACACAGGGACCUCUUUAAACAGUGAUGUUGUGAAUGCCCUCUUGUGGCUGGAUGGAAGACAAAACAAACUUUGCAUUCAUACCUUAUAGUCUUAAUAAACAGGAGCUGCUUAAAAAGGUGAGCAGUGUGAAUUCAAGGAAAUACUUGAGAAACAGGCAUCAGAAUAAAUUAACCA